ACCCACAUGCUUCUAGGCUUUGAAUAUAAACUCUUAUCUAUAUAUAUAUAUAUAUAUAUAUGAUACCCAAAAGGCCAUUGAUCAAGCUCUUCACAAAGACAAAAGUCAGAACAUGGAAAUUAAGAAACUUGCAUGUUUUCUCCUAGCGAGCUUCUUGAUCUUCCUCAUUACACUAGCCGGCACCGGCCAAGGCCGACUUGUUACGAGCAACUCGCCAGGCGAUAAUGUCUCCGAUGGUGUCCACAAUCUUUAUCAGCAACCAAAGUUGCUAUAUCUUAAUAUGAGCUUGUUUUCAUCGGAAGAUAGCUGCACAGAGACGUAUGGAUUUCUACCAUGCACCACCACUGUCCUAGGAAAUGUUUUUCUCAUUCUUGUAUAUAGUUACUUGAUGUUCUUGGGGGCCAAGUUGCUGUCAGGUGGAAGUGAGAUUUUGCUGGAAAUUCUCGGACCUGGGAUCAUUGGUGGGUUUUUCCUACCUGUUUUGAGCUCUGUUCCUGACGCGACAAUCAUUCUUGCUUCUGGACUAUCUGGGAGCACGGCAACUGCUCAAAGUCAGGUCUCAGUUGGGAUGGGCUUGUUUGCUGGAUCGACUGUAAUGCUUCUGACCAUUUUGUGGGGCACCUGUCUCGUAGUUGGCAAGUGUGACCUUGAGAAUUCAGUUGCAGAAAAUCUCAAGGAUACCAAAAUAUUUAGCUUAACUGGUUCUGGGGUGAGUACUGAUAUCUGGACUAGCUAUGCUGCUAGAAUCAUGAUUAUCUCCAUUAUCCCACUCAUAUUAGUCCAAUUACCACACAUUUUCCAAGCAACUUCUCUAAGUCACAUGGCAGUUCUGGUUUCUCUUAUUGUCUCCGUUUGUUUCGUGAUCUCUUACAGCCUUUAUCAGAUUUUUCAGCCUUGGAUUCAGAAGAGAAGACUUGCCUAUGCAAAGCAUAAGAAUGUAAUAUCAGGAUUUCUGAGAAAUAUAAAAAUGCAUACACUAGAAAGACGACUUUUCAAUGAUGAUGGUGAACCAAAUAAAGAAGUCAUAGAAAAGUUGUUCAAGACAAUUGAUGAAAAUUCAGAUGGAAGCCUAUCAGCAGCAGAAUUAAGAGCUCUGGUAAUAGGAAUGGAGCUCGAAGAGUUAGAUACGGAUAUAGAGGGUUGUGUUGCGCAUGUGAUGGAAGAUUUUGAUACAUCUCAUAAUUCACAAGUUGAUGUUGAGGAGUUUGUCAGAGGAAUUUCAAGAUGGCUUAAGAAUGCUAGGCGCUCUGCGGCAAGUCUCAGGGACCAAAAUGAGCAUUCAAUAAGGCUUCUCAGUAAUUUUCAUCUGCAAGCACGGAAAGAACAAGAUCGUCUUGGAGGCCAGAAUGAUGAGGUUGUGGAGAGCAUUCAAAAUGCCAACUGGCAUGCCACCAAAGCAGUGUUGAUGUUGCUUCUGGGAACCCUUAUUGCUGCUGUAACUGCUGAUCCCCUUGUGGAUGCUGUUGAAAACUUCUCAACUGCUACAAGCAUACCUUCUUUCUUCGUCUCAUUUGUCAUUCUGCCCUUUGCUAGCUCCAGCGAGGUUGUGUCAACUCUAAUUUUUGCCAAGAAGAAAAAUUUGAGAAUGGCUUCCUUGAUGUAUUCAGAGAUAUAUGGGUCAGUGACCAUGAGUAACGUACUUUCACUGGCAGUAUUCUUGGGUCUGGUUUACUUCCGGGACCUCACAUGGGACUUCUCGUCGGAGGUGCUGGUUAUACUAAUUGUCUGCAUUGUGAUGGGUCUAAUUGCCAGUUUCCGGACCACCUUGCCUCUUUGGCUGUCAUUGGUGGCCUAUGCGCUUUAUCCACUUUCCCUGUUGCUGGUGUAUAUUCUCGAGUAUGUUGUUGGAUGGUCGUAGCUAGAUUCUUUUCGAGUUUACUGCCAAAUUUCAGGCUCUACUCCGCUUCGUUUAUACAUUAUUUAUAUUGUUGGAGUGAUCAUGACAUUGGUUAUUGUUGGAGUAAUUAUUUUAUAAAAA